CAUAAGCCUCCUGGAGAUGUCUGAUCUGUUGAGUACGGGACACUUUACCAGCCUCUCCGCUUCUUCACGAAAUCCGGUCACACUUCCAGUGCCAUCAAAGGAAAUGUUCCACUUGUGUACCGGUAUAGUUGGUAUUGUUGAUCGGGACUCCGGCUCUGAUCUGGCAGGUGUUUUGGUAACUGGCCGGUCAGGAUUUAUCCAAGGUGCAGGUAAGGGUGGGAAAGACACCCUUCGUGUGGAAUUAAUCCAUCUAUCCUGUGUCGGACCCUUAGGUGUUGUUGUCCCACAGUCAUGUGACCGUGUAAGAGGUAUCGCUGGUGUACCAGUACGUGAGACAUUUACUACUACAGGAGGAUCGACACCAUCUCCCAAGUCGAUCAACGAUGUCUCAACCCUUGAAAUCCUCUCCGGUUGGAUCGGUGACAUCCCAGGUGAACUGGGCACCUCCACAUCUAAAAGAGACCUCUGAUCCCGAUUGGAUGUCUGCGACUGUCCACGAUUACUCUUCUUACGUAGCUCCUCCAGUAUC